ACUCGACCUAGGGUAAUGACUGUUCUCCUUCCUUGAGCUAUAAAAACCUCAAGUUGGCAUGUCUUUCUUCCUUUUCAGCUCUGCCGCCUCCCACAAGCUUUGAGGUUUUUUUAGGUUGCUCUUGGAACAUUUAGCAGCCAACCAAAAAUGGUUCUCCAAAACGAUAUCGAUUUGUUGAAUCCUCCAGCAGAGCUUGAGAAGAAGAAGCACAAACUCAAACGUCUUGUCCAGUCUCCAAAUUCUUUCUUCAUGGAUGUCAAAUGCCAAGGCUGUUUCAACAUAACAACAGUGUUUAGCCACUCUCAAACAGUGGUGGUAUGUGGUAAUUGUCAGACUGUUCUUUGUCAACCAACAGGAGGAAGAGCUAGACUCACCGAGGGAUGCUCUUUCAGGAAGAAGGGUGAUUGAUCUCAUAUUUUGCUAUUUUAUGAUUCACAAAAACAAAAGAAAGUAAUCUUUGGAUCAAAUAUGGGAAUCAUAUGAGUAAUCUUUUUCAUGUGUUUCAGUUAUGACAUGUUUGAAGUUUAUUUUUGUAGUAAGUUGGUACUUGAUGAUGGUAUUAAUCAAUUAUGGAUUGUCUUUGUAGUGGACAAAGUUUAUUUUUUUUUAUGCUAUGAGUAUUUGGAGUAA